UCGUUAAUAUUCAAAAUGAAGGGCCCAGUCAGCUGUGUUUCUCUACUCUGUGUUUUGUUAACUUUUACUGCAGCUUUUGAACAGGAGGUUGUUCCAAAAUGUCCACCGGAAGUAGAAGUUUGUGAAUUUGAGUGGACGAUUGAUUAUUUGGAAACGAUGGUUGUUUAUGAAGAAGGCGGAAACGGCAACCCAGUUGUUAACAGGAAUGGCUCUCUGUACAAACGGACUGGUUGUGAUGACUACGAAGAAUUGACGCAAGAAGAAAUGGACAAUACUAUCAUGGCUGACGGACAUUACAAGAUCGUGUAUGCCAUAAAUGGUCAAGUGCCCGGCCCGUCCAUCGUUGUUUACGAGGGUCAACAGGUUGCUGUGAAGAUACAGAACAACCUUUUAUAUGAAGGUAUCACGAUACAUUGGCACGGAAUGGUCCAGUGGCUGACCCCCUGGAUGGACGGGGUAGGGACAGUGUCUCAUUGUCCGAUCAACCCCGGGGAGAGUUUUACGUACAGGUGGAUGGCUGAUCCUCAAGGUACUCAUUGGUAUCAUUCUCAUCUCGGAGUGGAGCGCACUGAUGGCCUGGCCGGGGCCCUAAUUGUCCUCCCAAGGCCCAAACUGGAGAAAGUGGAUGAGUACACGUUUGAUAAGGACUACAUUGUGUUUCUGCAUGACUGGUUUCCGUUCCAAUCCAUUGAAAUCAACCGGGAGUUGGACUGGGGUCUCACGAGCUAUUCUUACGGUUUGAAUGAAUCGCAGUGCUACACCACAACGUCCAGCACAGACGGGGGAGGUGUGGGGUUCACACCUUUCGAAUCAGGGCUCAUCAAUGGAAAAGGCCACACUUUCCACAAUUCAGACACUGGCGACAUCGAGGCUCUACCCCUAGAGAGAUUCGAGGUCAAACGAAACUCCUACUACCGGUUCCGGUUGAUAAAUGCCGGGAUGUUGUUUGCCUUCCGGUUUUCAAUAGAUCAGCACGACGUACAAGUUAUAGCGGUGGACGGAAAUGACGUCAUCACAAUGGCGGCAGAGUCGAUCAUUGUCAACACCGGAGAAAGAGUCGACAUCGUUCUUUACGCAGGCGCACAUCAGCAAAAUUACUGGAUUCGAGGAGAGACACUAGAGGCCACUGCUAACGGGGAGGACGUGGUCCCUGGUAAGGCAGUCGCUGUCCUCCAUUACUCAGGUGUUAACGAUGACCUCCCAACAACUGACAGAGUUAACUGUACAAACGAGGAUCCAUGUAGGAUUAUCAACUGUCCAUUCGGACAAUAUCCGGAAAGUUAUAACCGCCAGUGUACGCCUAUUUCUGACCUGAAAUCUACUACGGAACAAAUGGCAAUUUACCCAGUACCAUCAGCGGAACCUGAAGAGGAUUUUGACGAAAUAUUCGUCAAUUUUCAUUUUUCGUCUGGAGCGGAAGUUCCAUUUACGGCUUCUGUCAAUGGACAUAAGUUCAUUCCCUUCUCCGCCCCUCCACAGAUUUACCCCGCCGGAAAUGACACGCAUGCGUCGUGUGAAGACCAGGAUUGCAGCGAUAACUGUCAUUGUUCUUAUAAAAUCAAGUUAGAUCUCGGGAAAACUAUACAGCUUGUCUUCCUCAAUCAAGAUGAUGCAGUUUUCGGAAUGGCACAUCCUGUUCACAUGCACGGCCAUCACUUCCACGUGUUGAAAACUGUUUAUCCUACGUACGACCCAGAGACGGGAAGGGUCGAGGCGGAUAAUCAGGAUAUUCAGUGUAACACUCAAAGCUGUAACAAUCCACACUGGAGAAACAGCUCGUGGGAACAAGGAAACGUACCGGGGCUGAACCUCGACAACCCACCAAUGAAAGACACGAUUAUAGUGCCAAGGAAGGGAUACGUCGUCGCGCGCAUCCGAUCAGAUAACCCAGGGUACUGGUUCAUGCACUGCCACAUCGAGAUGCACCAGAUCUCGGGAAUGGCUGUCCUGUUCCAAGAAGGGGAAAUCUCCGAAAUGACUCCGACCCCUGAAGGAUUCCCAACAUGUGGGGACUUUCAAUUCUCUGAAGAAGAGUUCGCCAGGUUAACGGCUAAUAGAAAGAUUAGUCCGAGGCACAAUAAAACUUCAGACGGAAAACAUCGUCACCAUCACUGGUUCCGUCAUGCGCACUGGAGGAAAUAUCUACAUCAUAGGAGAGUAUACGUCAUCAUUAUCUGUGUACUUUUGGCUGUGAAUAUCGCUACACUUAUAAUUAUCGGAAUGCUCAAACGAAAACUGUCUCAAAAGCAGGAGUCACUGCCUCACAAACGCGAGGAGAUAAACAAGGCGUUGGUAUUUGAUUCCAUGGAACAUCCCAACAAAAGCUUUGGUUCCAGUGUAUCGAAACAAAAGCUACUGGCGUGAAUCAUGUCUGUUGUAGAAACGUGUACAAUACAAACAAUAGUCUUUAAAAGAAAAUUAACCUAAUGAUUCAUAUUAUGAUUAGUAAAAUGUCCAAGAAAAUAAGAUGAACCAAGAUUUCCAGUGGAGAGUCUUAACAGUAUGGUCAGCUCAGAUCUAGUAUUUACAUUACAACUUUUUAGAUAAUGAAAAAUUAAAAAAGUUCAAUAUGGCA